GCUGUGAAGAGACAGAGCGAAAGGCACCACAAUGGAAAAGAGCGCGUUAGAGGAGGAACAUAUGAAACUUUGUUGCUGUUGAUUGUAAACAGCAAUAAAAUGCUGCCUUGGAAGAAGAAUAAGUUCGACCUGAUUGAGGAAGACAGGCAGUCCAAGCAGAAGGGCUAUGCUGUGAGCCUCAACUACUCUGCUCUCACCUCCUUCGCCAAGUCCUGCCCCGAGAGCGCACUCAACAGGGUGGGCAGCAUGUUCAAGUCCAAGAGGAAAAAGGUGAAGAUCACCAGCGAGGACCCCACGUACACGGUGCUCUACCUGGGGAAUGCCACCACCAUCCAGUCCAAAGGGGACGGCUGCACGGACGUGGCGGUGAGCAAGAUCUGGGGCAAAAGCGAAAUGGGCAAGAACGGCACCAAGAUGAGGCUGACCAUCAGCUCGCAGGGCAUCCGGAUGGUGCAUGUGGAUGACAAGGCCAGGAGGCCGGGACACUUGUACUUGCUGCACCGGAUAACCUACUGCGUGGCGGACCCGAGGCUACCCAAGAUCUUCGCCUGGGUUUACAGGCACGAAAUGAAGCACAAGGCCGUGAUGCUGCGCUGCCACGCAGUGCUGGUGUCCAAGCCGGAGAAGGCAAAGGCCAUGGCGCUGCUGCUGUACCAGACCUCGGCCACGGCCCUGGCUGAGUUCAAAAGACUAAAACGAAGGGACGACGCCAGGCACCAGCAGCAGCAGCUCAUAGGGGAACAAACCAUACCGUUGGUCCCCAUCAGGAAGCUGCUGAACGGACAGUGUUACUACAAACCCCCGGUGGAGCGCAGCCGGAGCGCGCCCAAACUGGGCUCUAUCACAGAGGACUUGGUCGGGGAGGAGGAGGAGGAGAAAGCGAUGCACUUUGAGUGUGAGGACAUUCUGGACACGGACGGGGAUCGUGUUGCCAACGGCAAACAGGAGUUGUCUCAGAUUAUUAACGACUUGGGAGAGAUGAGCAUAGGAAACGACGUGCAGACACUAAAAGCUGACCUCAGAGUCACCAGACUUCUGUCUGGGGAGAGCACGGGGAGCGAGUCCUCCAUAGAGAGCAGUCAGGAGCCCCCUCCAAUCACUAACGGGUUUGAGGAGGUAAAGGUGCAGGAAAUUGCCUGACUCAUUUUAAGCAUUUCUUGGUGCCUCUGUUUUGUUGAGCCACUGUGUCUCCACAAGAAGCAUUUCCUGUGUCUUCAACCUUGUGUUGGAGAGUGGUUGUGUAAUCUGGUGCCUCCACGACUAAUUGACAGGAUCCAGAAAAAAAAGAAGGUUCCGAGACUAUUACCGCACAUGGGCACGCAAUUAGGCUACUGAAUUAUAUUUGAAGAAUGUGUAAACACCAAAAACAAGUGCAUGGCGAUUUGACAGAUGACCCCAGUGCGCCGCAGGACACACUGCACUAAUUCCAUCUCCUUCAUUUAAGAGGAUUUGCUAUAUCCUCAAGCUUGUUUACCUAACUUUUUUUCUCUCUUGAAAAUUGCAUUUUUCCGUUGAAAGAUGCUCAUCGUGAUCCAAAAAACAUUCCGUUUUAAAGCACGUUUUGUUCUUUUCCUAAGUGGUUCAGUGGGUCUAAACAGGCAUCCUUAAUUUUCCUGUGAAGGCGCUUUUGCAACAGCAUGUUCAUUUACUUUAUUUUGCACUCUUGUUGAAUUCAUUCAAGUAUUAUGUUGACUACAUGUACAUAAUGUUUGUUGGUAUGUUGUCUGAAACAUAAAUGUCUUAUCUUUGCUGUGCAAAAGAAAAACACCAUAUAAUAAGAUGUAAAGUAAGAUGUUUAAAAUAUAAAUAUGCUAUUUUUUAAAAGAAAAUGUGGUUUGUUAUGUGAACCUCAUUGAAUUAUCAAUAAAAAAGAAAAUUAUAUGAACUCGUUGAAGUUUGUGUCUAGAUUUGUACAACAAAUACAGUAAGUGGGGAUUUACCUUGAGCGGCUCAGAUUUGCAGUGCUGAAUAUAAGUCACACGGAGGUGGGAAACAGAGAGAGACUCCACAUUUCUUAGCUGUGUAGUACAUGUGUUGUUGGUGUUGUCACCGCAGUUUCUGUGUUUUUGUAGAUAUAUAUUUCACUUUUAAGUCUUGGCUUGAUCUGUCCUUCGCCAAAUUGCUCUUAGGGAACAGGCUGUAGAAGUUAUUCAAUUAAGUUACUGAAGGCCCAUUCUUUCUGACUGGCCUCAGGGAAGCCAGGCUGCACAGGAAGACGUCAGCACAAGCCGUUAGAACAUCACAUGGGUCCUUUAAUGACUCGGUAACUGAAGCACCAGAGGUCUUAUAACAGCAUACAGACUGUUUUUCAUUUGGAUUUACGUCAUUCACUACAGAGAAUCUCUUAGGGGCAAAAACAAGAGCUGUGAUUCUAUAUAUAUACGGUAAUGUUAUAGAAUCGUACAUUCAGAACCAGCGGCUACAUUUCAUUCACAUUUGCCACAAAUCAGAAUAACUGCAUAAAUAGUGGCACGUGUUAGUUUGACUUCACUAAAAUUUCAAGUUGAAAUUGAAAGUGACACUGAUAAAGAAUUAAGUGACUUC